AUGGCUGUCAUAGCUUCUACAGCUAGCGGCUUCAAAACUUUCGAAAAGCACGCUAAAGUUGAACACGCUAAAGUUGAACACGCUAAAGUUGAACACGCUAAAGUUGAACACGCUAAAGUUGAACACGCUAAAGUUGAACACGCUAAAGUUGAACACGCUAAAGUUGAACACGCUAAAGUUGAACACGCUAAAGUUGAACACGCUAAAGUUGAACACGCUAAAGUUGAACACGCUAAAGUUGAACACGCUAAAGUUGAACACGCUAAAGUUGAACACGCUAAAGUUGAACACGCUAAAGUUGAACACGCUAAAGUUGAACACGCUAAAGUUGAACACGCUAAAGUUGAACACGCUAAAGUUGAACACGCUAAAGUUGAACACGCUAAAGUUGAACACGCUAAAGUUGAACACGCUAAAGUUGAACACGCUAAAGUAAUUUUAAAGAUCCGUUGUAGGGUUUAG